CUCCCCCUGCCCCGAGACCCCCACAGUCGCCGCCGCCGCCUCCUUCGAGCGGGGCCCAGGCCCAGCCGCCGCCACCGCUGCCGCCGCCGAGCUCCGCCGCCUCCGCCGCCGAGCACCAUGGGAGACGCCGGGAGCGAGCGCAGCAAAGCGCCCAGCCUGCCGCCCCGCUGUCCCUGCGGCUUCUGGGGGUCCAGCAAGACUAUGAACCUCUGUUCCAAAUGCUUUGCUGAUUUUCAAAAGAAACAACCAGACGAUGAUUCCGCUCCAAGUACAAGUAACAGCCAAUCAGAUUUGUUUUCCGAAGAGACCACCAGUGACAACAACAAUACCUCUAUAACCACGCCAACUCUUAGUCCCAGCCAGCAGCCGCUUCCGACAGAACUGAAUGUAACUUCACCAAGUAAAGAGGAGUGUGGGCCAUGCACAGACACAGCUCAUGUCUCGUUAAUCACACCAACCAAAAGAUCCUGUGGUACAGAUUCACAGUCUGAGAAUGAGGCUUCGCCAGUGAAACGGCCACGACUACUGGAGAACACUGAACGAUCCGAGGAAACCAGCCGAUCUAAACAGAAGAGUCGACGUCGGUGCUUCCAGUGCCAAACCAAACUGGAGCUGGUGCAGCAGGAAUUGGGAUCGUGCCGCUGUGGUUACGUGUUCUGUAUGUUACAUCGCCUCCCCGAGCAGCAUGACUGUACGUUUGACCACAUGGGCCGAGGCCGAGAGGAAGCCAUCAUGAAAAUGGUGAAACUGGACCGGAAAGUGGGGCGCUCCUGCCAGCGCAUUGGGGAGGGGUGUUCGUGAAGGCCGGCACGGCCGCCCAUGACGCUGUUCUUAGUUCACUGAUGUUAGCCUUAUUUAGGACAGAGUCAGCCAGACACCUUUACUGGGCACGCGUCAGACCACAGCCAGUCCGUUUCCUUCCUUUAGCCAGCCAUCCUGGUACUGUAGUUUAGGGGUUGAUGGUGGUUGAAAUUGAUUUCUGGCUGGUUACUAAGGUGCCUGCUAGCCAUUGUAUAAAAUUAAAACAUGAAGAAUAUUUUUUUGAGCAUGGCUAGUGGAUUUAAAACAACACACACCUGUCACUGCUGGAGUCAAACUUACAAAAAGCCUUAAGCGGAAAGGGUUCCAGGCGGAGACUCUGAGUUAGUCGAGGAGUAGAAGCUGGUGUUCAGUCCCCACACCGCACACGGCUCUGCCAAAACUCUGGUUCAUGUCGGCCUUUCACCUCCUCACUUAUCCUUAGUCCCAGCAGCAGGUUGCCUGGUGGCCACGCUGCCUUGGCCACAGGAGGCUGCUGAGAUCUGCCACGUGGCUGGGCUGGGUGGUGGCCUCACUCUCCCACCGAGCACAUUGGGUGGGGGAGCAGGUUCUUAGGAAAAUCUUCACAAAAUUUUUUACCUGACUUGUUAUGAAAAAACUCAUCACAUGAGAAGAGAAACAGUAACCUCACUUUGAAAAUUAGCUCCACUCAAGUCUAGUCCAUCCACGAGAACCACCUUUCUACACAAGACGCAGGCACGAGAGGCCGCCGGGGCCACCCGACCCCCUGGCUCUGGUUUGCCACUUGCCAAGUACAGGGUCUGGCAGUUGAUCACAUGAGGCUGAUUGCAGCGCAGCAGUGAGGCUGGGUCCUCAUCGGCCUCUGCAGCCAGAGUUCUAUAUUGGGGGUUUUUAAAAUGACGUUUCAUAGCCCACAGGAGCCCCUGGGAAGCUGCUGCCCAGACUCUGCCCCUUCCAGCAGGAGCCUGCUUGGCCCCAGGGGUCAAGGAGAGGAUGGCCUCGCCCCGUCUGCAGCCCUGUCGUCCAGGGACAACAGUCCACACCUGCCACACAGCAGGGUGAGGGAGGCAGCGUGUGCCGCGGGGGCAGCGGUGUGUUGUGUACAGCUGUGGUUCUUGGCCGGGGCCAGGCUCCGAGGGAGACAUUGGCUCAGCAGGUAGGGGCACCUUGCUCAGCCUGUGCCUCGUCACAUGGGCAGACAGGAGUGCAGUAGCCCGGGCGGGUGGGGAAGCAGGUGGGCCUGUUUUCCCACGUUAGGAAUCAUACCAGCUGGGUGCGGGGAGGGUGGCAGACAGGAUAAGCCAAGCAGGUGUGCGUGGCCCAGAGCCCCUGUCAUCCAGGCGGUGGGAGCCGAACGCUCCUGCAGGGGCAGUUUGGAUCUGUCCACCCGCAGGCUAUGGGAACAGUUUAACGCAGCAACUUGCCCUUUCAUACCACAAGCAGGUCAGCUCUGUCUGCCAAGUAAUACCUGCAACUGGGAAUGUUCUUUGGUCCAGAAUCCGAAAUAGGAAAUCAUGCUCUUCCCAACCUCCCCCCACCCCACCCACCCCACCCCAACCAGAGUGGAAUCCGCUGCAAAAUCUCCAGCCUUAAUUCUUGCUUCAGGACCCAGACCGGUGUCUUGCUCUAGGGCAGCCCAGGGCAGAGGGGCCGGGUCUGCCCACGUUUACCACUGUUGUCAAGCCACGGCCUCCGGCCAGUCCCGCCAUCCUCAGUGAGCUGGCCGCCUCGGCCCCACCACGCUCUGCUCCCUCAGAGGCCCCGAGCCCCCCUCCCUCCUCAGGCCCCACCCGCUGCUGCUCGGAGGCAGCGAUGGGGAGCCCAGCACACAGGCUCGGCCUCACUUCCUGGUGGCAGAGCGGGGGCGGGGCGGGGGGCGCUUGUUCCCUGCAGUAUCUGUUCUGUGAAGUUUGUUAAAUGUAAGGAAAGCUUAAAUUCUUGUAUCUUUAAAGAGAAAUCUUAUUUAACCCUUUUGUGUUCUAGAUUUACUUACACAGCCUAGAGCUCGGUUUUAGUUUUAACAUUGUGAAAAUAUUAAAAGACUCUUGUAACUUUAUUCUUUUUUCUCCUGCUGAAAAAAUUAAACCAGUCGUACGAAA